CGUGAGCGGCGCAGACGCGGCCCAAUGGGGCGUGCGGCGGCGACGCGGUGCGUGUCGAGGGGCCGGGCCCGGAGUCGGUUGCUGGCUGGGACCGGGAGGCGGGGAGAGCGGUGGUUCCCGGAGCUGUCGUUCCCUCCGCGGUCGCUGCCUCGACCGUCUCAUCCCGGUGGGAGUCGUGUCGCUGCCACCGCGGCCCCCGUUCUCGCAUACUUCCCCAGAAGCUCGCGUCUGCGCCCCAGAUCUCGCCAGCCCUUUGCCCCUCGCUCUGCGGGCCGCGCCUCCAGCAUCAUGUGCGGUAUAUUUGCUUAUUUAAAUUACCACGUUCCUCGCACAAGACGAGAAAUCUUGGAGACUCUAAUCAAAGGCCUUCAGAGACUGGAGUACAGAGGAUAUGAUUCUGCUGGUGUGGGGAUUGAUGGAGGCAAUGAUAAAGAUUGGGAAGCCAAUGCCUGCAAGAUCCAGCUCAUUAAGAAGAAGGGGAAAGUGAAGGCGCUGAAUGAAGAAGUUUACAAACAACAGGAUAUGGAUUUGGAUGUAGAAUUUGAUGUACAUCUUGGAAUAGCUCAUACUCGUUGGGCAACACAUGGAGAACCCAGUCCUGUCAAUAGCCACCCACAACGCUCUGAUAAAAAUAACGAAUUCAUUGUUAUUCAUAAUGGAAUCAUCACAAACUACAAAGAUUUGAAAAAAUUUUUGGAAAGCAAAGGCUAUGACUUCGAAUCUGAAACAGACACAGAGACAAUUGCCAAGCUUGUGAAGUACAUGUAUGACAACUGGGAAAGUGAAGAGAUCAGUUUCACUACGUUGGUGGAGAGAGUUAUUCAGCAGUUGGAAGGCGCUUUUGCACUUGUAUUUAAAAGUGUUCAUUUUCCUGGACAAGCAGUUGGGACAAGACGCGGUAGCCCCCUAUUGAUUGGCGUUCGGAGUGAACAUAAGCUUUCUACUGAUCACAUUCCGAUACUCUAUAGAACAGCUAGGACUCAGAUUGGAUCAAAAUUCACAUGGUGGGGAUCACAGGGAGAAAGAGGCAAAGACAAGAAAGGAAGCUGUAAUCUCUCUCGUGUAGACAGCACAACUUGCCUUUUCCCUGUUGAAGAAAAAGCCGUAGAGUAUUACUUUGCUUCUGAUGCAAGUGCUGUCAUCGAACACACCAACCGUGUCAUCUUUCUAGAGGAUGAUGAUGUUGCAGCGGUGGUAGAUGGCCGUCUUUCUAUCCAUCGAAUUAAACGAACUGCACGAGAUCAUCCUGGAAGAGCUGUACAGACUCUCCAGAUGGAACUCCAACAGAUCAUGAAGGGCAACUUCAGUUCAUUUAUGCAGAAGGAAAUCUUUGAGCAGCCCGAAUCUGUUGUGAACACGAUGAGAGGAAGAGUCAACUUUGACGACUACACUGUGAAUUUGGGUGGUUUGAAGGAUCACAUCAAGGAGAUCCAGAGGUGUCGGCGUUUGAUUCUUAUUGCUUGUGGAACGAGUUACCAUGCUGGUGUAGCAACACGUCAGGUGCUCGAGGAGCUGACUGAGUUGCCAGUGAUGGUGGAACUAGCCAGUGACUUCCUGGACAGAAACACACCAGUCUUUCGAGAUGAUGUUUGCUUUUUCAUUAGUCAGUCAGGUGAAACAGCAGACACUCUGAUGGGUCUUCGUUACUGUAAGGAGAGAGGAGCUUUAACUGUGGGGAUCACAAAUACAGUUGGCAGUUCUAUAUCAAGAGAGACAGACUGUGGGGUCCACAUUAAUGCUGGUCCUGAGAUUGGUGUGGCCAGUACCAAGGCCUACACCAGCCAGUUUGUGUCCCUCGUGAUGUUUGCUCUUAUGAUGUGUGAUGACCGGAUCUCCAUGCAAGAGAGACGCAAAGAGAUCAUGCUUGGAUUGAAACGACUGCCUGAUUUGAUUAAGGAAGUGCUAAGCAUGGAUGAUGAAAUUCAAAAAUUGGCAACAGAACUUUAUCAUCAGAAGUCAGUCUUGAUAAUGGGAAGAGGCUAUCAUUAUGCUACUUGUCUUGAAGGGGCGCUGAAAAUCAAAGAAAUUACUUACAUGCAUUCGGAAGGCAUCCUUGCUGGUGAAUUGAAACAUGGCCCUCUAGCCUUGGUGGAUAAGUUGAUGCCUGUCAUCAUGAUCAUCAUGAGAGAUCACACUUACGCCAAAUGUCAGAAUGCUCUUCAGCAGGUGAUUGCCCGACAGGCACGCCCUGUGGUAAUUUGUGAUAAGGAGGAUACUGAAACUAUUAAGAACACAAAAAGAACGAUCAAGGUGCCCCACUCAGUGGACUGCUUGCAGGGCAUUCUCAGUGUGAUCCCCUUACAGUUGCUGGCCUUCCACCUUGCUGUGCUGAGAGGCUAUGACGUUGAUUUCCCACGGAAUCUAGCCAAAUCUGUAACAGUAGAGUAAAGAGCAUCAGAAAUGGGAUGAUUAAGCAACACAAGACACCUUUUGUAUUUAAAACUUUGAUUUAAAAUAUCACCCCGGAAGCCUUUUUUAGUAAAUCCAUAUUUAUAUAUCAGUUAUAAUUAUUUCACUAAAUUUGUGAUUAUUGUGAAAUUGCCUCAUAUUUUUCAGUACUGUGUGAAGGAAUUUGAAUAAUGAAAUCUGUAUUAGAAUCUGUAUCCAGAAAUAUUUUAGCAGUCAUUUUCUUUAAAGAACUGGGUAGUGAACUUCUGAGUCCUUCCCUUUCAUCUGCGAGGAUUUUAUCUUUUUUAAUUCAUUGGCAUUUGUUUUAUCAGGCUUCUAUUCAUUCAGACCAAUGAAAGAGUGGUUCAUUUAAUUGGAAUAUCUAUAGCCAGUGACAAUGUAUUCUUAAUACUUGGACAUUUACUGAAGGUUUUACUAAGUUAUAUAAAUAGAAAAUACUGUGAUUUAUUUUGAAACUUGUUUCUGUUUUAUUUUUAAAUCAAACUGUAAAAGACUGAAAACUUUUCUUGGUAGGAUUUAUAUGUAAGUUUAGUUAAGCUUGUUUCUGAAACUUGUCUUUUAUCUGUGAGUGGAAAUAAUUUAGGAAGCAUAAUAUUACAGUAGUGUGUUGGUGUCAGUCAAUCCUUAAUAAAACAUAUGUACACAGUUUUGUAGCAUAAACUUUCAAUUUGAACUGCUUUGGACAACUAACAAUAUGACUUUAACUUUGAAAAUGGCAGUUGUUGGAUAACCUACUCUUCAUUUUUUCAUCUCCUAAAAGUUUUGUUUCCUUGUAUGUAGUUUUUAUUUUUUAAAUAACUGUUGAAGGACCUUUCUUUCUUUCUUUCUUUCUUUCUUUCUUUCUUUCUUUCUUUCUUUCUCUCUCUCUCUCUCUCUCUCUCUUUCUUUCUUUCUUUCUUUCUUUCUUUCUUUCUAAAUUCACAACACAGUGCUGCUGUCGAAUCAGUACUGGUACAAAUAUUCUCUUCAGUUUUGCCCUAAGGGAGUUUUUGCAGUUAAUUUAACAUCCUCCACUUCCUUGUUACAUAACACUACUACCCUUAGUGCCAGAUGGAACUUCCUUGCAAUUACUUGGAAGAUUUGCAAGUCUUUGAAUAAUCAUUUGACUCUAAAUGUGUAUGAUAGCUUAGGCCCAGAUGUAAAGAUAAUAUGCUUUAUACUGCUAUUAAUGAAGAGCGACAUCAAUGGAGUGUUACUUCCUAGGUAUUUUUUCUGUCUGUAUUUUCUGUGUUCCACCCUUACAAUUAAUGUAGGAUUGAAGAUGGUAUAAAGUGAUAUUGGUAUGCAUUCAGCUGGCUAGUGUCAAUUUGACAGUUUAGAUUAAAAUAUUUAAAGUAAUGUGUUACCCCUAAUGUGACUAAUAAUUUCUUCACAGAACUUUUGGGCUAUAUCUUGGGGGCUAUAGAAGAAUAAAUAUUAUGGGGUUAUAGUUCAGUUAAGUCCUUUUCUUUCCAAAGUUCUCUUUUAAAUUGUGAAGGUGAAAUAUUUAGCAUGAUUGUUAAGCUCAGUCAUUCUUUUUGUGUUUGAACUUUUUGAUGAGGUUAAGGUUUUGUAAUAGCUAUCCUUAUUGCAAGAAAAGCACAGAAUUCUGCUUGUGUUUGAGGGUUAGAGAAGGAAUUGACAUUUUUUGAGGUGGUAUGGAAGGACCUUCAGUGUUGGUGACAGAAACCUAGUUGGUUAGAAGAUAAAGUAAGGUCAUUACUUACAUCUAUUUAACUGCUAUAGCUAUUCUUACCUAUUUUAAUUGUUUCUAGGAUUAUUUUGUAUAAGCCUGCUAGUUUUAGUGUGAGUAUAGUGUUAUUUCUUAUGUUUGAUAUAAUAGUACAUGUAAAUUGUAUGGGUUUAGAGCAUUUCUUUUAAAUUAUUUUACUGACAUUUUUGUGCAUCACUGUGGAGUACAGUGUGGUAUUUCAUUACGUGGACACAUUGUGAAAUGAUUAACUCAGGAGGCUUAGGUUAUCCAUCGUGUCACACAUUAUCAUCGCUUAGUGAUGAGUCCUGUCUUGUAGCUAUGUGGUGUACUCUUCAGUAUUGGUGACUGGAAUAACCCAUCGGUGUACUAGAAUGCCAGAGCUCAUGCCUUCCAUCUGACUGUGACUUUGGUCUUCCGCCACACGCACACACACUUCAAGCUAGGGUAUUUUCUGACCUGAGUAUCAAAAACCAAAAUAAAGGACAAAGUGGUAUUUUUCAGAGAAACACAGUUUCCCUCCCCCUCUUUCUUCUUGGUUUCUACACCAUUUAAUCUAAUGAUUUUUAAAUGCUUUUAUAGACUAUAAUUUUUUUUUGAGACAGCAUUUCACUGUGCAGUUUAGACUGAUCUUGAAAUCACAGUGAUGCUCUUGCCUCUACCUCCCAAGUGCUGGGAUUACAAGCAUGGGCCACCAUACCCAGCUAGACUAGUUCUUAAUACAAAAUAAUACUAUAAUUAGGCAAGCCACUGAGUGAGCAUACCAGCCAACAUCAUUGUAAUAUAGGAUAUAAAAAUCUGAAUCAUCAAAAGAGAUUCUUUGCAAAAAAUUUCAUUAUAUAAGAAGUCUAUAUUGUAGUGCAUUUAAAGUUUAAAGUUGCUUUCAUGUGGUUAUCCCUAAUCCUUUUUUAGGCAGGUGGACAUAUGUAGUAUCUAGCACAUGGCCCAAUAAAUAGCUAUUGCUUUGGAAUUAGCUUUUCUUUUUUAAAAGUCACCUGUGACCCAGGAUAAGGAUAAGGGAACAGUUACUGUUAUCUUUAGUUUAUUCCAACUGUUUCAACAGGUGUUUGUUAAUACCUGUUAUGAGCAAGUCAGUGUGCUAGGCCUUGAAAAUGACAUCCUCAGAGCCAAGUCGUUUUGCUCAAGCAGACUCAUCACUUGAGAGGAGCAGGUUCACAGGAAGGCACAGUGUAAGAGUGGGAAGACUGAGGUGGGCUGAGCUUUUAAUGCUGUGAGUCAGUAAGAUUUGUUUACUUAAGUAAUAGUCCAAGUUUUGGGACAUAGCAUUUCAUAAGAAAUGCACUUGUCCAGUAAGCCAUUAUCACAAGCUAUAAAUGUAUAUACAUGUCUGUGGUUCUCUAAGACAGCAGUCAUUAAUAUGCAGAGAUGCUCCUCAAAGGGAACUGACACAGGGUGGCUGUUGAUUGAGAGAGCUGAUACUAGCUUUUUUAGUUUAGGUUUUUAGCGGGUUGCUUCUGAAAUGAAAAUCAUUUUUUUUAAUCCAGGUCUCUUGUCCUUAUUUCAUUGUUUUUGGCUCCUAGGUAAUAGUCCUGUGACAUUUAUUUUUAUUACUCUUCAAAGUAGGAAAAGAAGUUGAAGUGUUUGCUUUAAUAUAUCUGAAGUUCUUUGAAGAUCAGUUUUUUCUUCCCCUUCCCCCUUUUCAGUUAGGAUAUUCUGUAAUAAUAAAAGAGGAAGACAGAUGUUACCCAUUUACUGUAAACUACAAUUAGUGUUUUUAAAAGCACAUUCUUUCAUAAGUAUUUAUUGAAAGAUAAUCAUAGUUCGCACUGAAUUUGGGGAGGCCAAAGAAAUUGAAGAAUGAUAAAGAUACUUAUUUAACAAUAUCUACACGUUUAGUACAUUUUGUGUAUGAGAAUACCAGGCAGAGAGUUUUCCCAAUGGACAUAGAUUUAAGAUUACUUUGUUUUUACUGUUAGAGUCUCAAGUUUAGAAGUUUUAACACAUAAAUCACUUCCCCCAACUAUAAUUACAUAUUAUUAGUAAAUAUUGCAGUAUCUUCCUAGCUUGAUGAGUUUAAACAUAUCUCUAACUUGAAGACAGUGAUAUAAUGUCCAGGGUUAAAACAAAGUAUAGUUAACUCACAAAUUGUUAACUUUUACCAUAUUGUAAGUCUGUAAUAGCUUGUUACAUAAUCAUAAGUAAUGGCUAAGGGGAGCAUCCUACGAAAUUCUCAAAUUGCUUUCUACACUGUUUUCAGAAUGAAUAUAGAAAUGACCCUGUUAGUUUUUUGAAUGUUUCAUGGUUGUAUGUAUUUUUGCUUAAAUAAAAACGUUGGUAUUUAAAUUAUACUGGGGGGGGGGUUACAGUCAUCUUUGCCUUGUUUCUGUUUUGUGUUCUUUAAAAUGAAAGUUUAGUUUUCAGAGCCAGUUGGUUAUUUUGUCCUCUUGUUAAAUCCAGUGACUCUGAGACAGAACUGUGAAUAAAUUACCAAAAACUUGCUGAGAAUUUCAUUUUGAAGCAACUUGCCAAUAUUUGAAGUGUGUAUAUGUAUAUAGUUGUUUUUAAAAUUGUGCUGUAUUAGAAUGUAGGAAUGUAGUGAAUGGUUUACUUUAGUUAUUAGUAAACAUUUCUGAUGCUAAGAUUUUAUUCAUUACUGUUGCUUUAAAAUAAUUAUAAAUAAGUGUAAGCAUAAGUAUUAUUAAAAGCCACAUCUCUACACCAAAUUUCCAGUUGUUUUGGAGAGGAUCGUUAGAGAUGGCCAUGUACUCUUUUCUGAUACAGUACUUGAUAGGUACUAUACUUUUGCAAGUUACCAUAAUUCUUUUGUGAUAAUCUGUUUCUAGUGUGUUGAUUGUUGAGAAGAAUAAUAUGUGUAGUGAGUGGCAGGACAAUCUGGAGUUUCAGUGGUACGUGGCAGUCUGUUAAAUUAUAGAACAGAGAUUCCCUUUACAAACUCCUUUCAUACACAGCAGGCCGGGCGCUCCCUCGUGCUCACAGCACUUGCUCUGCUUUGAGGAGACUCUUGGGGCAGAGGGGUCUGCGUGAGCGGAUGUGCUUUGGGUCGGUCUGCUCAGUGGAGCCUCUGGGCGCUCUCAGUCCUCUCUCCCUCCUGCACUUUCCAUCCACAACAAGGCCUCAGACCGCCUCACCAGUGGGCAUCACUUUUUCCAUGGGCUACACUUCCGGUGUAAAAUUGAGCUUCACUUAGCAGUUUCUUUAAAUUCUUCUCAAUUGACUGUCUUCAGUGUUCACUGAUUUCUUCAUAGAGACCAAGAAAGAAUUUUUCUAAAAAUUAAAAGGCCACUUUUCACUGAGAGGCAUUUAGAGAAAAAACAGUUCUUUAAAACUUGGAUAAGGGAAAGAAGUACAGAUUAAGUUUCUUACUAAUCUAUAGGCAGUGUUUCAUUUUUUAUGGUGAUAUAGGAACAUUAUAGACUUAACAAGCAUCCUAGAAAUAAAAACUAAUCUUGUGCUAGUGCACAGAAAAAUGGUCAGAUUAUGAGUCAUAUAAUCAGCCGAUCCUGAUACACCCAGGAAUUAUGUAUGAAAUAAGAUAAAUACAUCAUUCUCUUCUUGGUGAGCAUGUAUGCAACAGAAUAUUUUUCAGAUUGAAAGGAAUAUAUGUGAGCUUCGUGUUACAUGAUUCAUCACUCAGAUUCUAAGCUUUGCUUAUGUGUUUUCUCAUGGAGAAUGCUGAAGUGUAACUGUACUUUACUUUUUAUGUUUCGGCACAGAUUGAAUACAAAGUAUGGAUGUGUAAUUGAAAAUGAAUAAAAAUGUAGCUUUUAAAUAGAGAAAUAACUGGAUGGAAUUAUAGUUUUUUCCAUUUAUCAGUCUGCCUCUAUUUCUAUAAGAUUAUACAGCUUUAUUGGGAUAAAAAUGAGUAACAUGUUUUUAAUUUGUGGUGUAUACUGAGUGAUUUAGAAACAUUCAACAAUUAUAAUGACACUCAUAUAAAAAUGUAACAGCUGUUGUAUGUUCUUGGUUCUUUAGGAGUUAAUUUUUGCCUCUGUCAGCUUUGCAUGGUUUGAAAUGGAGGCACGUGUAGUGAGGUGUUGGGAGGAGAACUGUGGGGAUUCUCAAGCAUGCAAUAAUGAGAAUUUCAGACCCUUUAUCCCUAGAGAGGAAGCAGUAGUGCUUACUGACAGACUGCCAUAAUCUUACUCUAAUUUUCUAAUUUGUGAGACCCAAAGGUUAAUGCCCACUAAUGGUACUGGGUUGUCCUGCAGGCUGCAGAGGGUUAGAUGUGUCAAGAGCACUACAGUUCGUUUCUGGCCGUGGCUCCCGUGUAGGUGACGUUGGGCUAGUAUGGCGUCAGUUGGUGUUUUAGGGUGUCGAGUUCACUGUGAGGUGGACCCAUUAGAAAGCUUGAUGUAUUGUCCUUCAGUAAUGCCCUUUUGGGGAGGAAAUGUCUGAGACAGCAAAGACAAAUAAAAUGGCAUUAUAUCCGAGUAUCUUUCUGUUAGACCUGAAUAUAUCUAGCCAGUUUGACUUAACGGGGCUUAAAAACUCCUGUUGUAUUUUGUAUGUAGAAUUGUUCUUAAGUAUCAAGCAUAUUUGCUUUGAAUUUGAUCUUAAUUUUUUUAUCUUUUGAAUAAAAUGUAAACCCAA